AUGGCCGCCUCCCCCACCGCCUCCGCCUCCGGCUCCGCGGCCGCGGCGGCGGCGGCCGCCUCCGAGGCCAACGACGGGCCCACGCUCUCCGUGGUCACCAAGCGCCUCCGCGCGCUGCGCAAGAAGCAGAACCGCAUCGCGCAGAUGGAGGAGGCCGUCGCCGCCGGCAAGACGCUCAACCAGGAGCAGAAGGAGGUGAUGCGCUCCAAGCCCACCCUCGCCGCCGUCAUCGACGAGCUCGAGCGCCUCCGCGCGCCGCUCGCCGUCGCCGUCGCUGAGGAGGUCUCCGUCGCCCCCGCCCCCGCCCCGGCCCCGGCCCCGGCCCCGGAGCCCUCCGGCUCGGAUUCCUCCGUCCAGGACCUCCUCGCGCUCGUCUACUUCGGCACCCUCUUCGACGUCAAGCCGCAGAGCGACUUCAUCGCCACCAUGGUCGCCCGCGAGCAUGAGCGGAGCAGCUGCAUCACCUACGACUGCGUCGGGGACGACACUGUGGACCUGCUCGUGGAGGGCGACCUCGACGUCGUGUCCGCUGUGGCGGCCCUUGCCGCGGCUCGCCCUGCUUCCGCGGUGGGCGUCUCCCACCGCGACGCGCUCCAGGCCUGUGCCCACCAUGCCCGCUUAUGGCUCGCCCGCGCCGACGAGCCGAUCCACCCUGGCUCCUCUGUUACUUAUGCUGCGGUGAGGGCUAAGCUGGACAGGAUCAUGGCAUCAGACUACUACACAGCAGCUGCAGUUGGAGGAGGGAGCUAUGGAGCUGAAGGUGUGCAGGCACAGGAGAGUAUGACUGCCUCACCAGAGGCAUCAGCAGUGGAGGAGAACCUAGCUGCUGAAGGUCACAAGGAGGAGAAGGAAGACUCCCAUGCUACGGAAAUUUACAAUGAUCAUCAGUCUGAUUCAGCGGACGUGCAAAAUGUGUUUCAGGAUCGUGAAGCCCCCGUGAACCCUCCCGAGGAAUAUCCCUCUGUUCAGGCAGAGCAGGAGAAGUUUGACAUGGAAGAGCAAGAUGAGAGGGAUGCUGAGCCAAAAGAGCAGCAGUUCCAGCACCCUAGGCGGUCUCAUCAGAACCAGCGGGGAGGUGGUCGUGGCAGGAGGGGGGCCUACCCCAAUGGCCGUGGCGGGCGUGGAGGCGGCCGUGGCAUGGGCGGCGGCUACCAGAAUGGGCGUGGAUACCAGGGUGGGGGUGGCGGAUACCAGGGAGGCGGUGGCGGGUACCAGAAUGGCCGGGGUGGCGGCGGCGGGUACUACAACAACAACGAAGAAGGGUACUACCAGCUGAGGAACUUCAACAACAGGGGCAGGGGCGGCCGGUCUGGCGGCGGCAACUCUUACUACAGCAACCAGGGAGGAGGCGGCGCGCAGGGAGGAGGCCACGCGUACGCCGAGAGGGUUGAGGGUUGUUGA